AUGAACGUUCUCAAGAAAAAGUGGAAUGAGUUGAUGUACUCGUUGAAUUCAGAGGAUCAUUAUGCUGAGUACAAUCCUCGUGAUCCAGUUGCAUUUAAUAUGGGUCGCAGGGCUAACAAUGCGAUUAGUGGAUCGAGAGUGAGAUUGACCGCCAGCACAGAUGAAUUACACGAUGAAGAAAUGGGAUUUGGCAUGGACGAUGGUGGUGAAGAGAUAAACAUUGACGAAUUCUCUUCGAGUGACAAUAGUGGUGUUAGUGAAGCACUUUUAGCAUGGAGACACAUUGAGCUUUGGACCACUGAGCACAAUCCUGAUCUGAAUGCGACUUUGGGUGACCCAUGUACUCAAAAUGAUCUUAAUAACGCAGAAGAAGAUUUAGCAGUUGCUUUACCAUCUGCGGUUAAGGUUUCAUUCAGAGUCCAUGAUGGUCAAGAAGAUCUGGAGUCGCUAUCGGGAACUUCGGGUCUAAUCUACGGACUACAAUUGAUGUCACUGGAUCAAGUCGUUGAAAUGACUGAAAAAUGGAGAAGUGUUGCUAAGGGAAUCGUUAGACAGGCACAAGCAUCUGCAGCAGCAGCCGUAGCAGCUCAGCAACAACAAGAAGCACUAUUAAAGCAGCAGCAACUAGAUCAACAGAAUCCAAACAAGCAUCAACAAAGUCUACAAACUCUUCAAUAUCAGCAGAGAUUGAGAGAGAAGAAUCUAAGAUCAUCUGCAUAUCCAAAUUUUGAAGAUCCAAGAAGGAGACAGUUUAAAUUACCACAUAUUCCAGAACAGAGGUCCGUUCCAGUAAAUUGUAUACAACCAGUUUAUGCUAACCCUGCCUGGAUACCAUUAGUCACAGAUCAUGCUGGUAAUCACAUUGCAGUUGACCUGGCACCUGCCCCUGGUGGUAAGUAUGCUCAAAUUAUUAUCUUUGGAAGAGAUUUUGAUACCAAAUACGUCAUUGCUGAUAAUUGGGGGGACUUCCUUUUAAUGUUUGCCAACGAUUUAGAAGCUGGUAAUUGGUACUUGGUCGAUGAUAACGAUGAUUUCUUAUCGGGCGAUGGUGAAUUAGCCUUUAGAGAUAAAAAGACCAAUGGUCCAGUAUUAGAUUAUUUGGAGGUCUUGAAAAGAAGAGCAAUUCAAAGAGCAAGAGAAUUAUCUCAAUCUCAAGUCCCAUCGAAUGAAGAUCCUCAACCACAACAACCACAACAGCAAAGAAGUCAUUCUUUCCUAGAUAAUGAUUCUUUAGACGAUUCCAAUAAUACUGUAACACACAAGGAUUUACCAGAGUUUGCAGAUCUAGGUAAAGAAUCUUUACAAGAGACAUCAGCAAGCACAAACACGAAGGUGACAGAAGAAGCCAAGGAAACUCCAAAGGAAACUCCAAAGGAGGAGCCAAAGGAAGAGCCAAGGGAAAAAGUAAAGGAAGAACUAAAGGAGGCUCCAAAGGAGGAGCCAAAGGAAACUCCAAAGGAAACUCCAAAGGAGGAAUCAAAGAAGGAACCAAAGGAGGAACCAAAGGAAGAACUAAAGGAGGAGCCAAAGGAAACUCCAAAGGAAACUCCAAAGGAAACACCAAAGGAAGCUCCAAAGGAGGAGCCAAAGAAGGAGCCAAAGGAAACACCAAAGGAAACACCAAAGGAAACUCCAAAGGAGGAACCAAAGAAGGAAUCAAAGGAAUCAACCCAAGAGACUCAGUCACAAGAAGUUGAAAAUGCACAGACUGGAAAAGAAACCAAAGAUCCUUCGAAAGAACAAAAAGCAAGCCCUGAAGAGCACAAGCCUAACCCAGAGACAGUUGAACAAAAAGCAGAUAAAAAAUCAGAGGAUGAAGUUAAAGAGUUGAAAGAAGAAUUUGAAAAUGUAGCUUUGUGA